UGUUCUUUGUGCUACAGAAGAUACUACAAUAUGAUAAAAUAUCUUUGAUGACAAAAAACAGUAAAUAUAAAAGUCAUUUUAUUAUUUUAAAUAUUAAAAUAUAUGUAUUUAGUCAGAUUAUGAGCAUGACAAGUAGAUGCUGUCCAUGAGACAGAGUUUAGAAUCAUUUUUAUUGUGUUUGCUGAAUAAUUAUACGAUAAUACUUGCUGACAAUUUUCUGCACAUGUAUUAUUUUUACCAGUGUUCGGUUCAUUGAGGUCUUCAGAAAUCUGCUGUGUAUGUCAGAAGCGAAAAUAACAAUACUACGGUUUUUAUCUUCUGCUGUUUGUAGGUCACAAUUGAAAUAUUUCUAAUUUUUUGGAGAUAUCUUCACUGGGUUGAAUAUAGCCUUCGACGUCGUUUGGCUGAUCAAAACGCAGUUGUUUAGUUGGAGCUGACAUCUUGUUUGUAGCAUGAAUAUAAUUACGCAGUUUUGCACGUGUAUCCAGCAUAAAGGAUUUUUUUGUGGCGCCCGCAAAGGUGCCUGUUUGCAUGUGAGUUUAUAAAAGACACUAUUUUUGUCUUUAUUUAUAUAUUUAUAUUUAAUUAUAUUGAGUUUUGUACGCUGCUAUGGUUGUAUUGAUCUAAGAUAUUUGUAUUAUGUGGCAUUCGUUUCCAUGUCUUAAUUGAGCAUCUUACAAAAAAGUCCCGUGGUAAUCCUGUGGUACUGCUUUGGUACAACAACUAACUACCAGAUAACAAAUGAGUGGAGCUAUAUGACAAGAUUACCACAGCACUUUUUGUUGUAUUGUAUCACACACACGACUUUACCAUGAAAUGCCAUAUGUGGUUUUUCUAUUGUUUUUGUGUGGUAGUCUUAUGGGUCUUUCACAUAGGAAGCGAUGUGCGCUGCGCUAUGAAACCCAUUCAUUUCAAUGGCUUGCGCCGCGCGAGGGCGGUUUGUUGUUGCGUCGAGCAAAGCGCAACCGCAGCGGUGCGCAGCUUGCGCUCACGUCGCGGUCAAAGUUCAAAAUAGUUCAACUUUUGCGCUGCGGUCUGUGACGAUUACCCGCGCGGCCAAUAGAAACGGGGCAUCCAAACAAGCGCCAAAAUGGACGAAAAGCUCAUACUGUGUGUUUCGGAAUUCCCGGAGCUUUAUAAUACAAGUUUACGUUCCUACAGGGACAUCGGAAGAAAAGCCGUGUCAUGGAAACACGUAGCAAAUCAAGUUGGCAUGUCAGAGGAUGAGUGUAAAAGGCGAUGGAAGAAUCUCAGGGACAGAUAUAUAAAGGAGAGAAAGACUAUGAAGGAGAAGAAGAGUGGUGCAGGUGCAGAACAAAAGACCAAAUGGAGAUAUUUCUCCAUUAUGAGUUUCUUGGAGCCUCAUGUAAGAGAUAGGGCAACUUCCUCUAAUAUGUCUCCAUCUCUAGAAGAGAGAUCCUCUAGCCCCCAUGCCCUCCAGGUAACCUUAUCACCCCUAACUGCUCAGUCAUCACCACCUGGUACUCCAACUGAAACCUUUACCAUUACCCUGACUGAUGUAUCUCCCAGCUCCCUGUCUACUCCUGCAGUUUUGGCCACUGAAUCUUCAGAGACUCUGAGUCUUUCUGACCCUCCUAGUGUGACCGAGGAUGCCCCAUCUACCUCAGCACCCCACGUACCCAGCACUACACAGGCUACGCCAGCAUCACAGAGAUCAAUAAAGUAAAAAAAAAGGCAGUGGCAGAAAGAUGAGUUUGAGAAUCAGGUGAUGAAUGUGCUCAACCAGUCUGCAGAUGAGGAAGAGCUUUUUCUUUUAAGUCUGGCCCCACGUCUCAGAAACCUGAAAAGUGAAAUCAAAAUUGAGUUCUUGACUGCCCUACAUAGGGCUGAGUUUUCUUAAGAAAUAGCUUCUUGAUAUAAUUUGUUCCUUGGUGUCAGCUUUAAUGUUUGAGCACUUUUUUGAUAUAAUUUGUUCCUUGGUGUCAGCUAUGUUUGAGUACUUUUUUAUUCUAAAACACACACACACACACACACACACACACACACACACACACACACACACACACACACACUCAAAACUUACCUUAAAUGUUCCUCUUUACAUAAAGGAUAGGAUAAACAUUGUUCAAGCAAAUUGUUAAAAAUCCAGUUAUUUCAUAACAGAACUAAUUUCAUGAUUUGUGUUUUGAUUCAAAUGUUAACAGUGAUGAAUCAUUGUUUAGUGUAUGAACUAUGGUUUUUAAAAGUGUUUUUAAACAAUUAAAACACAUGACAAAUAAUGUGUGUGUUUAAUUGGGAAUCAGAUCUUUCAUGAAUAAGUGGGUGGCUCUUAAAAGAGCCUUUGUGUUGUAAAAGUUGAGUUGGAGUCCAGAGAUGACAGGUGGAUAGAUCAGGUUAUGCUGUGUUGCCAGGGCACUUCACCAGCAGCAGAUGAAAAGUGGCUACUAAAGGAUUCCCGAAAAGCUAUGGCCUCUUGGGUGGAGUUGUUGGUGCCCACUCUCCUUGCUUGUGCAAGUGCAGGGAUGUGCUGUUCUUCCUGUGGGACAGGUGCUUCUACUGUGGAGUUCCACCCCUGGAAGUUAUGAAGGGCCACUGUUGCUUUCACAAUGGCAUCCACAUUUGCAGGGCUCACUCCAAUCACCCGGUGGUAGAUUCUCCAUUGUGCAGUAAGUAUCCCAAAGGCAUUCUCAACUACUCUUCUGGCUGUGAAAGGCGGUAGUUGAAGAUCCUCUUUGAUUGGGAGAGGUUUCUUCCAGGAUAGGGCCUCAGCACAUUCCUCCUUGUAAUAAAGUGAGAAGAUAAAAAAACACACAUAUAUAGAUACAGGCUACAACUGAAUAUAAACCAAUAAUGAAACAUUUAAAAAUGUAACAUAAUUCUAUAGAAAAUGUAAAAACAAGGCAUCAGAAAAAAGCAAUUACAUCAAAGUGUGAUGCUGCAAGUAAUGUAAAAAUCUAUUCCUGUCCAAAGUUAAGCUCAACAGCCAAGUUAAAACUAGAUAUUAUAUACACAUGUUAUAUAAUAUUUUAUUGUAUUUUAUAAAACGGUUAGUUCCAAUCCUUGAUUCUGAUUGGUCAAUAGGUGUGCUUUAUUCACGAUAAAACACUGCUAUGACCGCUUCACCCAACAGUUCUAUUUAAUAUCACUGCACCCUUAGCAACACCCUUAGCAACACAUAAACAUAUAAUGAGACAAAGUUUGAGAAAUGUUUGUUGUUUUUAUUUGAGCUUUCAUGUUGUUGUUCGCAGUCAGGGACUAUUUUUUCUA